AUGCCGUCUUAUCGAAAUGAUCAAUCAAAUUUUAAUCCAGUUACAUUGGAAAAAGUGAAUAAAGCCAAAAUGACAAUAGAAAAUUUUUAUACAAAUUUAAUUAAUCAAUAUGAGGAAAGGGAAGAACGAUAUCGUCGAUUAGAAGAAACAAUGCAGGCUGAAGGUUUAUCUGAUCAAGAAAAACAUGAAAAACGUCAUUUACAUGCCGCUAAAGAAACUGAAUAUUUGCGUUUGAAACGUGUUAAAAUGGGUGCUGAUGACUUUGAACCAUUGAAGGUGAUUGGACGAGGAGCAUUCGGAGAAGUACGUCUUGUUCAAAAACGUGAUACUGGUCAUAUAUAUGCAAUGAAAAUAUUACGAAAAGCUGAUAUGUUACAACGAGAACAAGUAGCUCAUGUUCGCGCUGAACGUGAUGUUUUAGUGGAAGCUGAUCAUACAUGGGUGGUGAAAAUGUAUUAUUCAUUUCAAGAUUCAAGAAAUUUAUAUUUAAUUAUGGAAUUUUUACCGGGUGGUGAUCUAAUGACAUUAUUGAUAGAAAAGGAAAUUUUUAGUGAAGAUAUGACACAGUUUUAUGUAGCUGAAACAGCAUUAGCUAUUGAAUCCAUACAUCGACUCGGUUUUAUACAUCGAGAUAUUAAACCAGAUAAUUUAUUACUUGAUGCAAAAGGUCAUAUUAAAUUAAGUGAUUUUGGACUUUGUACAGGUUUGAAAAAAGCACAUCGUACAGAAUUUUAUCGUGACAUACCAAAUAUGAGACCACAAGAUUUCAAAAAUCCUCUUGAUUCAAAACGACGAGCAGAAACAUGGAAAAAAAAUCGUCGUGCAUUAGCUUAUUCAACAGUAGGAACGCCAGAUUACAUAGCUCCAGAAGUGUUUAAGCAAUGUGGAUACAACAACGGUGCAGAUUGGUGGUCUCUAGGAGUUAUAAUGUAUGAAAUGAUGAUUGGUUAUCCACCUUUUUGUGCUGAAAAUCCCCAAGAAACAUUUCGUAAAGUAAUGAAUUAUCGUGAGACUCUUGUAUUUCCUCCUGAACAACCAAUAUCAAAUAUAGCAAAAGAUUUAAUUUUAAAAUUUUGUACUGAUUCUGAACGUCGAUUAAGUUCAUUAGAUGAUAUUCGUCAACAUCAAUUUUUUGUUGGUGUCGAUUGGGAACAUGUACGUGAUCGUCCAGCUGCCUAUCAACCGGAAGUGAAAAGUAUCGAUGAUACAUCAAAUUUUGAUGACUUUCCUGAUGUUGAUCUUAAAUUACCAUCUCCAUCCAAAGAUAGUGAAGUUCAAGUUCACGAUUGGCUAUUUAUUAAUUAUACCUAUAAACGAUUUGAUGGUUUAACAGCAAAACCAAGAUUAAAAACAACUUCGUGA